UAAUGAAUCACUGGGUAAAAUUAAUGAUCUUAAAUUAGCCGGGCUUAGAAUCUGUAAUUAUCAAGACGAACAGAACUUAUCUGUAGAUAAAUGGGAUAUUAUCAUAGUCCAAGUUGAGAGUCUUUCUCGUAUCGAAUUCUCAGCCCGCCAACUAGUUGCUAUUUUGGAUGAAACCAAUGCAAUACUCCGCCAAAUGAAUAGUGGUGCAAAUGCACGGGAAUCUGAAAACGCAAUGCGUGACAUAUUAAGAACGGCUCAGCAUGUAUUGGCAAUGGAUGCUUUUGCAAAUGAAUCAACUCUAACCUUUCUUAAAGCUUAUCGCGGUGAGAAUAUUAGAGUGAUUGAUAAUAAAUUUCAGCCUCUUGUAGGUAAAACCGUUGAGUAUCUUUACGAUCCAAAUAGUGGAGCUGAAGCUAUGCGAAUAGGAUGUGAACUCUUACAACAGGGUAAGCGUGUAGCAUUCGUUUUAACUAGUUGUAAUAUGGCCCGAGCAUUAGUAGAAAAAGCCUCCAAAUUGCAAAGACCUGAUAAUUCUCCUGUUAAAGCCCGUGCUUAUUAUGGUGAUAUGGAUGGAAAGCAACGAAAAAAGGAUUUUUCAGAUAUAAAUAUGGCUUGGGGUGAACUUGAUUGCGUAGCUUAUACAAGUACAGUAGAAGCAGGCAUAUCUUUCGAAAAGACUGAUCACUUUGAUGCAGUUAUAGGCAUUACAAAUAUUGUAACUCCAGUUAAUGUUGAAGCCUUUGUCCAAAUGAUGUUUCGAAUUCGUGACU